AUGGAGCCAUCAUCCCACCCAACCCUCUUCACCAAGAAAGAGGUGAGGAAGGAGAUGCAGAGACUGGACAUGGAGAUGCACCUGAUGACAAAGGAGAGAAAUGAGCUGCGUGAUCAACUAUUCCUCAUCAGGAAAGGACCUGUGAACAAUAGGACAAAUACUUGGUAUGAAGAUCUGAAGAUGGAGCAUGAGGAGGUCAUGACUGACCUAAAGAGAUUGCAGAAUGAGAACACCAAGGCUUCACAGAAGGUGGAUGAGCUUGCCAAUUUGACAGGCUUCUAUCGUGGUCUGCACACCCAGGUCCUAAUGGAACAUACUCAGCUGAAGGAGAAGGUAGACAUGCUGAGGCUGGAGAACAAAAAUAAGAGAGAAGAUUGGGUCCUGCUGAAGCACCACUUGGAGGCAUUGGAAUUGAUCUGUGAGGACCAAGAGGAAGAGACCAGUGACAUCCAAACCCAGCAACAACAUGUAGGACAGGAAUUUGAAAGAUUGGAGGGAAGCUUGCAGGUCCUGCAGAAGCAGAAGGAGAUGAUCACCCAGGAAAAGGAAUUGGCAGAAAAGCUGCAGCAUCACUUUGAGGUCUCUCAAAUGAGGUCAGAGAAACUGAUACAUGUGCUGGAACAGGCCACAGCCCAGGAUGAGAGCCUGCUUCAGAAGGAGCUGCUAAAUCAGGGUCCACUUGCAGAGCCACAUCUUCAGGAAAUUUUGAAUGCUGAUGCACUUUCUUCCUCUUAUUUUAUUUCCUAUGUGUGA